UAUUUAUAUAUAUUUUUUUUUUAAUUUUUCCACCUGCAGUUUCAAAUUGCCGCGUUGCAAAACCGGCGGCGCGGCCUUGGCUCGGUGGAGGCGUUGGGUUCGGGGUGGGCUGGGGCGCAACUCUUGCAUUUUUUAUGCAGCCUUUUCAUGCUGUGGUGGUUUUUACCCGAAGGGGAGCGAGGUUUCUGGGGCUGCCCACACCAUUGGCAUGAGGGAAGAGCCCUCGAGGCCACCCCAAAACGUGCUGGAGGCCAUUCCUUGAACGCCCCGGGCCUCACGGGGCCUCAGAGCGGCCCCUCACGAGGCCCUGGCGGCAGCAGAGGCCGCGCCCGCCAUGGACUCGGACUCGGAAUCCACAGACGCGGCCACAGGCGCUUGGAAUCCACGGACAAAGACCUUGCCAGCCAUGGACUCGGACAUGGACUCCACGGACACCGCCUCCCUGCCGGCCGUGGGCAAGGGGAGCCUGCAGCCCUCUCACGACACCCCCAUCUCGUUGUCAGGGUACCUCAAGUGCGACACGGACGAUGCGAAGGAGGAGGGGACGAGCGAGGAGCUCUUCGACGGCGUCAACUCCACCAUCGUGUCCGGGGACAGCAUCCGCUUCUUCGUCAACGUCAACCUCGAGGGCCCUCCCAGCGCCACCGCUGAAAGUGAAGGUACUGGCUGCGUGUUACUGCACACAUCAAGGAAGUACCUGAAAUUAAAGAAUUUUGAGGAGGAGGUCAGAGCCCAGCGGGACCUGGAUGGCUUCUUGGCCAGAGCCAGCAUCAUCCUGGAUGAAACAGCCACGUCCUUGGACGAUGUUCUCCGGGAGAUGCUGAAACACUUCGCCGAGGAUCCUGAGAACAUGGAGCCCAGCUGCAACUUCGAAAAAAUCAUGAACACUUUAUUCACAGAUUCAGGGACCCCACGGGAAGGGAACGGCACCCCUGAUGUUUCAGAGUCAACAGGAAUGAAUGUACAAUCAUGUCCAUCGCACCUCAAAUUUCACCUCUUAUCAGACACAAUUCAAGGGGUCACAGCCACAGUCACGGGGGUGCAGUAUCAGCAGUCCUGGCUCUGUAUCAUUUGCACUAUAAAGUCCCUUCAGCGACGUCACGUUUGCAUCAGCCGCCUGGAGAGGCCUCAGAACUGGGGUGAGAACUCCUGUGAAGUCAGAUUCGUCAUACUGGUCCUGGCUCCUCCCAAGAUGAAAAGCACCAAAACGGCCACAGAGGUGGGCAGGACCUUUGCCACGAUGUUUUCAGACAUAACCUUCCGGCAGAAGCUUCUGGAAACCAAAACUGAGGAGGAGUUCAAGGAGGCCUUGGUGCACCAACGCCACUUGCUGACGGUGGCCAAUCAGAGACCCUCAGGAAUGAAAGAUGGGCACAAAUCACACGGUAACAAACAACUCAAGCUGCACGACUUUCUCAGUAUUGGCAAGGGGAUUUCUGAUGACAUUGCACGAAGAUUCCCAGUGUACGCGCUGGACUUCACCGACGGUAUUAUUGGGAACAACAAAGCUAUAGGGAAAUACAUCACGACCAUGAUCUUUCUGUACUUUGCCUGCCUCCUUCCAUCCAUUGCCUUUGGGUCCCUCAACGAUGAAAAUACCCGAGGAGCUAUUGAUGUGCGGAAGACAAUUUUCGGGCAGUGCAUCGGAGGGCUGCUCUACGCCCUCUUCUCGGGGCAGCCCCUGGUGGUGCUGCUGACCACAGCUCCCUUGGCCCUCUACAUCAAUGUCAUCCAAGGAAUCUGUGACGACUACAACUUGGAUUUCAGUGCUUUCUAUGCCUGGAUUGGACUCUGGAACAGCUUUUUCCUUGUGAUCUACUCCCUCUUUAAUUUCAGCCUCCUGAUGAAGCUCUUUAAAAGGUCAACAGAAGAAAUAAUUGCACUUUUUAUAUCCAUCACAUUUGUGCUUGAUGCCAUCAAAGGCAUUGUUAAAGUUUUUAAGAAAUAUUACCACCAUGAGCACGCAGGAGAUGGAAAAUCACAGGCUGAUGCUAUCCCAGGCCUCGGCAUCAACACCACCUUCUUGAUGAACUCCUCAGUGAGCGAGAACCAGACUUGCACUCACGACGGGCACUACGGGCGUGAGACCGCCGUCCUCAGCCUCAUGUUGAUGUUGGGAACCCUUUGGCUCGGCCACACCCUCUAUCAGUUCAAGAAAAGCCCAUAUUUGCACGCGAGGGUACGUGAAAUUCUGUCCGACUGUGCCUUACCCAUUUCAGUCCUGACCUUCUCUGUUGUGGGUUCCUAUAUCUUCAAGGAAAUUGAAAUGUCCAAAUUUAACUACAACGCCUCUGACAGCUUGUUUGUGCUGGCCCCUGUGCAGUCCCUGUCCAUCGGGUCGGUGAUGAGCGCCAUGGGACUGGGAUUUCUCCUCUCCAUGCUCUUCUUCAUCGAGCAGAACAUCGUCGCGUCCCUCGCCAACGCCCCGGAGAACAGGCUGGUGAAGGGCACAGCCUAUCACUGGGACCUGCUGCUGGUGGCACUGAUCAACACGGGGCUGUCGGUCUUUGGCCUGCCCUGGAUCCACGCGGCCUUCCCGCAUUCCCCCAUGCAUGUCCGGGCCCUGGCCUACGUGGAGGAGAGGGUGGAGAGUGGACACAUCUAUGAGACAUGUUCCUUAUUUCCUGGAGAAGUCAAUGAGUUUUCUUUGGGAGAGAAGCCAGUUUCAUGUGCCCAGGGUAAAGCAAGGGAAGGAUUACUGACCAGAAAGAGGAUUCUUGGCUGGAUUGUGAGUGUGAAGGAGACCCGGCUGACAAGUCUGAUUGCAAAUUUCCUGGUGGGGCUGUCGCUGCUGCUGCUCCCGUUCCCCCUGCAGUGGAUCCCAAAGCCGGUCCUCUUCGGCCUCUUCCUCUACAUCGCCCUGACCUCCAUCGAUGGCAACCAGCUCUUUGAAAGGGUGGCUCUGCUGCUCAAGGAACAGACCGCUUAUCCUCCGACCCAUUACAUCCGCAGAGUUCCCCAGAGGAAGAUCCACUAUUUCACAGGCCUGCAGGUCCUGCAGCUCCUCAUCCUCUGUGGCUUUGGAAUGUCACCCCUGCCUUACAUGAAGAUGAUCUUCCCCCUCAUCAUGAUAGGGAUGAUCCCCAUCAGGUACAACCUGCUGCCGAGGAUCAUCGAGGCCAAGUACCUGGAUGCCAUGGAUGCAGAGUACUGAGCGUCCCUGGCCUGCAGAGCAGCAGAGACACCCCCUUGGGGGGUUCUCCUCCACCACUUUCUCCGUGCUCUGACGUUGGCAAUGCACUCCUGUCACAGCUCCACGGGGCCUGUGCCAGACCAAGGGAGCCUUGGGCUUGAGAGGACGCUGCUCUCUGGAGCUGCGAGGCGAACGAGCUUUAUGGAAAAAUGCUACUUUUCCACAUCCCCAACCACACAAACCCCAAAGAUCAGCCUGGCUGCAUGGUUGGAGCAUCCAGAGUUGUCCUGUGUUCCCUUGUUUGAGGGUGGGGGUGGCUUUUUUUUAAUGCACCACAUCCUUUUCUUCCCCAACACUAAGAACAGCAACUGACCCUUGUUUUAUAGAAUGACAGCCCUGGCCUGGCCUUUGAAUCCAGUUCCCUGUGCACCCAGUAUUCCCAAAUUGGUGUUCUGGGUGGGAUGGCCUCGUGCUGAGCCACUGAUGUCAGGAGAGAUGGUGGCUGCUUUCUCACAUUAAUGGGUUUGGAAACAGUUGCCAUGUGUACUGCUUCAAACCACCGUUUUGGAUGAAUUCUUAAUCCCAGCAAAUGAGCUGGGAACAUUCAGAGGCUGGGCUCUCAUGGCCCUGUGGAUGAAACCCCUGCUGGGUUUGAGCUGUUUGGGCAUUAGUUUGGAUCUUUCUCCCAUUUCUCCUGGGUAAUCAAACACAGAAUUGUAGGUUUUGCACAACUGCAGCAUUUUUUGCUUGCACCCAGAGGGCAGUUGUGUCGAGGUUGCAUAUACAUAUGUACAGUAGUGCCUAUGUGUACAUAUAUACAUAUGGAGUUGUGUAUAUAUUUUGCAUAGAUAUACAAAUAGGCCUGGUUCUUUCCAAAUUCACAAGUGUUUUGUGCAGUCAGUGUUACCCACCAUGUCCUGACCAUAUACUUGUUCUCUGCUUCAGUGCUGCUUUUUCUCAUUUGAGAGAUGGUCACUUUUAUUCCUUUGGAAGCUGCUCAGUUACUGGUUUUGUUCACGUGUUGCUUUCUUCAAGGUGUUUUCUUUGCUUUCUCCUUCCUGUGGCUUGAGACCUUCAUCAUUCUGUCUCGAGGCUCCAACAUGUGAAUUUUUCAUUUAAUUUUGAUGUACAGAAUGCAAUGAAAGUUUUCCUCUUUUCACCUAAUCAGUACUUGUUGGUCAUUUCAUUGUUUCUGUUGUGUAGCUAAUUUCCAGUUCCCCCCCCCCCCGGAUGUUAUAUUAUAUUUCUGGAUUAAUCUUAACUUCUGCUGUCUUUUAUAUUUCAGUUUAUUUAAUUUUGCUUGUACUAUGGUCAGUUUUCUUAUUUGGAGUACUGUGAAACAAGCUGCCCUUUAGUUCAGUGCUUGGCACGUCACAGGUCACAGCUAAAAAUGUUCAGAACAUCGUGGACCUCGGUGAUGAACUUUCAAAAGAGUAGAAAUGAGGGAGGAAGAGGAAUGUAAAACAUGAAUUUAUCAGCACAGAGAAGUGUUUCUUACCAGUUGCUUGCCCAGUAGAUGAUGCAGAGUUUUUUCCUCCCACCCCAGCAUGGUGAGGGAGACCAACCCAACCAUGAGGAAGGAAGGCUUUGGAUGCAAAGCUCCUGUGCUGACGCUAAGCCAGGCUCAAGCCACUGCAGAUUUGGUGUAUUUGCACCGAAGUUCAGAAGGUAUUUAAUCUUUGUGGAGCUGCCCACGGCUCUCAAACACGUGUGCAGAACUAAUUUUUUCAUUUUCUUACGAAACCCUUUGUAUUGAGACUCGGUGGAGGAGAGCAGUGAGAGUUCCUGUAUCCAUGGUUUUAUUUCCCUGAGGGAAUUGUAGGGGAAACCCCUCAGCUUAGCAAGCAAAACAAUGUCACAGAUAGCAAAAACAUGACCUUCAUGUGGCACCAAGCUGAUGUGAGAAGUCUCAGGGUCAGGGUGGCCACCCCAGUGCAUCAAGGCAGGGAAUUUGCCUUUCAGCAGCCUCGGGGGCAGCAGGAGCAGCUCCUGCCAUGUCUGACAAGAGCAGGUACAAACCCAAACGUGGUUUCUGAACAUUUUCCCCAAAAUUCCCUGGCUUUUGAGUCAUUUCUGUGCCAGGAUCACUCCGAGCUGUGUAGCAAGGGCUGCGUGCAGGAACAGGGGCAGACAGGAUUUCAGAGGUGGCAGAACUCUGUCUGAUCUUCAGUCAACAGCAAAAGGGCAGGUGACAGGCAGCAGUUCAGGACCUGCUGGAAGCCAGGGAGUGCAGAGGGCUGCUGAGGCUGAAAUAACAUGUUUUUCCCACAGAUGUCAAAAGAUUUAAGCAAAGCUGCAAUCAGAGGUGUCAUCCUCUGGCUGAGUAAAGCUGUAACACACACGUGUCCUGUGGGUGAAUUCCUGGUGUCUCCACGGGGAGAAAUCACCUUGGGGGGUGGUUUAAGUGAUGUUCUGGGUGCUGUGGCUGGAGGAAGGACAGGAUGUGCCCAAGGGAAUGUGGCUUUGGUCCUCUUUGAGGCUCUGGGUGGGAUUUCCUCGGGCACAGAGCCACAGUGGGGUGGACUGGCCUGCAGGUUUUACCAGAUGAAAUAGUUUUGAGAUGCACCCUCCAUCCCCCACUUAGAAGAGACAAAAAUGUCCCCAUUUGAAGCCUUUUUGAAAGAUCAAUUUCAGAUAGUGUCAAAUGCUGCAGAGAGAAUUGAAAAUCCAGGCAGCAGAGAGGGUUAAAUAACCACCACAACUCUUGUUUGUAUCUUUUAUUUUCCUUCACUGGUGUGACUUCGGUGUUUGUAUUUUCUUUGUAGCAUCAGUAGGAUUCUGUUCUGCAGGGUUUUUGUUCUUACAGAAGUCAGGGGCCAAAGAAUCAACUGAUGGGAAACCAGCACAGCUUGAGGGGGGGAAAAAAGCUGUGCUGGCUUGGACUGGUUGAACAUUUGGACCUAUGUCUCAAUAUUUGGGUGGAAGGGAGAUGUGAGACUCGAGGCCUCUUGUCUCAGAAGGGGUUUUCAUGAUCCUGCAGAGGAUUUAUUUUAUUUUUCCAUGCCUUUUCUCUUCUUGUUUGCUUCUGGUUUUGCUGACUUAAGUGCAGGCGUUUCCAGGAAGUAGCUGACUAGGGAAGGAGGGUUUGUUCAGAGUUGAUUGAGCACUUUAAUACUUCUGUGAAGGUUUAAGACAAUUAGAAUGUAAAAGAAGUUUUAUUAUAAGCUCUUUAUAUACGCACAAUGCUCUGUAUAACUGUUGCCAAAGAACUGAGUCCGAAAGGUGUCAAGAGCUGUCCGUGGGGUUCACCUGGCAUUGCAAGGCAGGGAAAAGCUUCUGAAAUGAGUGGAUUUUGGAAGUUGGCAUUUUUGAUAGCUGCCAAAACAAUCAGAAACUGGAGAUAGAAUAAGAUUCUACUCUCAAACUUGUAGUUUUUGAUCCUUGCGUUGAAUGUAGGAGCUAGAAGUGAGCUUGACAAUUAAAAUUGGAUUUGUACCUGA